UUUCAGUCACAUGCACAACGAUGGAGCCGUCGCUCGACAGUCGCGGUAGUCACUAGGCUGGUCUACUGGAUGAAGAGAUGCCCUCAGUGGCUUCGCCGCUGGUGAUAGAUGACUUCCUCGCCCGGGAGCGGCUCAUGAGUGAUGAGACGUCGUCGAAUGGCCAGAAUUCACUGAGAACCUCGCGGUCAUCCUUGAUAAGGAGGAAGAAGUCUGGUGAACAUCGCGACCAAUGGCUGCCCGUGGCGUUUGCUGCCUCGCUUUUUGGAAUUUUGGCUACCGUCAGUCUGUUGUUUGUCAUGGCUCUCAUAGCUCUCAGACACAAACCGUGUGAGGAGCAAAUAUCCCCAAAUAUCGUUCAUCUGCGAGAAAAUAGGGAGGAGCUUGACCGUAUCUCACAACAACUUUCAUCAACAUUUGACCCUGCAAGAAUAAAAGAGAAUCUUAGAUGGAUGGCGCAGACCUCGCACAUCGCAGGAACCAUCGAAAAUGCUGCUAUCAUAAGGCGAUUGGCUGAUGAAUAUAUUCGCCUUGGUUUCACAGUAAAAACCUACAACUACAGUGUACUUCUCAACUACGCAGACUUCGAACGUCCGAACACCGUCGAAGUGGAGGAAGAAGACGGAACUUGGUUGCGUUUGAGUCGUGGACGCGGUCAUCCAAGUGGACCUCCUCAAGCCGUCAAUGAGCAUUUGGACGGUCGAUCAGAGGUUUGGUGGAAUGCCUACUCUGCCAAUGGUUCCGUCGAAGGAAGGAUUGUGUACUGCAACUUUGGAACUUUCGAAGAUUUUAGGAUAUUGGAAGAGAUGGGUAUCAGUGUCAACGGUGCGGUCGUGCUAAUAAGGUACGGUGGCCUUGUGAGGUCGGAGAAAGUCAUCGAGGCAGAGAAAAGGGGUGCUAUAGGAGCAAUCCUUUACAGCGACCCAGCUCAAUACGUUACAUCGAAUAAAAAUGCUACAUUCCCAAAUUCUUCCUCUCUUCCUGGUUUCGCUGCGCAAAGAGGUUCACUUGGCAGAGUUCCAGGAGAUCCUCUCACACCGCUCCUGCCCUCCCUUCCGUACGUCACUCGAACGGAAACUAUAGCAAGCUUGAGGAGAAAAAGACUGCUUCCCGAUAUACCCGUCACUCCAAUUGGAUAUGACGAUGCUCAAAAAAUUAUGGAAUAUAUGGAUGGACCGGUUGUCACGCGUGCAGACUGGAUUGGAGGACUUUCUACCUAUAAAUGGUUUAGUCAAAGAAAAUUCCAGCUUAAUGUACGUUCCAGAUUUGCAAAGCGAACGAUCACGAACAUCAUCGCGAUGAUGGAAGGGAUCAAGGAGCCUGAUCGAUGGGUGAUGGUUGGAAACCAUGUGGAUGCUUGGGGCAAGGGCGCAAUUGACCCGAUCUCAGGAACUGCAGUGCAACUUGAGGUGGCGAGGGUUGCAGCCAAGGUUUUUGGAGCAAAUCCACCGAGAAGGUCACUUGUAUUUUGUCACUGGGAUGGAGAAGAGUAUGGCUUGAUCGGAUCAUCUGAGUUCAUCGAACAAAGACUGGGAGUGCUACAAAGCAGAGCUGUAGCCUAUAUUAAUGUGGACCACAUAGCCGGCGGAAAGUCCUUGGAUAUCAAAGCUGUUCCCUUAUUAUAUCGAACAAUAGUGGAAGCUGCACAAAGGACGCCUUAUUCCGAUAACAAUGACGAAAGUCUCCUUGAAUUUUGGAGACAUUUUCGACGACGAGGUCCUUUUGUUGGAGAUCGCGCUGUGCCUGAAAUUGGCUUACCUGCUGGAGGAUCGGAUUAUCAGAGGUUUAUCACAUUUGCUGGAGUUCCAGCAGCUGAUUUGAAGCUGGAACCGAGUCCUGGACAGUCAUAUGCUCUUUAUCAUACUAUGUUUGAAACUCCGUGGACAGUGGAGAAUCUCAUUGAUCCAAAAUUUUUGUCAAUGGCUUCUAUCGGACGACUGUGGUUGGAGAUUGCUCAUCGGCUCGCCAGCAGUCUGGUGAUUCCAUUCAAUGUUCUUGAUUAUGCACAGUCUCUUCUAGUUCUUUUCCACAAAGUUGAAGUACAAGUCGCGAAGCUGGAUAUUGCGAGGGAAGCUCCAUGGCUACCACAUAAGUUGAGUAGCCUCAAAGAAGCUUUGCGGAGAUUCUACAACACAGCAAGAAGGAUCCAAAUGGAAGCGGAGGACAUUGCAAAUGCCGCAACUGACAUAACUCCUGAACGACUGGAAUCCAUCAACCUCCGUCUGCAACACAUUGAACGCUCCUUCAUAGAUUCAAACUCGCAGAAUCCAUAUUACAGGCAUUUGGUCUUCUCUCCAUCCUCACACGCACCACGUUUCACGUCCUUUUCAAGUAUUCUCGACCCAGCCUUAGAUUAUCAUUUGUCUCGCAACGAAACCGAUUUGCAUAACUUAGCCAUGGCUAUCACAAAGGUGCAAUAUGCUGUUGAAACUGCCAUUGAUACACUGCAUUGAUAACUGGUUCCCUCUUUCUUUCACGAAGUGAGGCUCAUACGUAAGAUUAACAUUAUUCACUUUCAUUAGUGGCCUUAAUAUAGUCGCUGGUUUUUCACGACUAGGAUGCGACAAUAAGUAUAUUAGUUUGUCCACUUCCGCCUAGAAGUACGAGUUUGGUAGUCAAAUCAGUUUUUAUGCGGCAUGAGCACACCGCAGGAUUCACUUUAUAUCUGCAUGGAAUCUCAGUGUAUCGAAUUUUACGGCCACCGAAUAUCUGCGUAAAAUAGCUCUUGCAGUUAGCUCGAUUUCGUGUAGCAAUUAGUGUCUUGAGCUGUCGUAUUGCCAAUUUCUUCUGCCGAUCUCCUUUCAUCCUUCAUUUCUCAAGCAGGGAGCUGUGAUGAGUUUUUACCACUGCUAUAAAUAUGUUUUUGCUAC